AUGGCGGCCCUGCUAUCGCCAGUAUUUGCCGAAAACAUGCUCGUUUCCACCUCCCUCAACACCUGUCAAGACAACUCGGGUCUCCAGGCCAGUUUCUUCAACGUCGUCUACACCCCGAACAAUAAUUCAGCCACAAUUCACCUGGUGGCCACAUCCUCCGUUCAAGGCUACGUCAUGUUCGACAUUGAGGCCUCUGCCUACGGUUACACCUUUCUCAAGACCCAACUCGACCCGUGCAAGAUCAAGCUCGCCGGUAUGUGUCCCAUGACGGCAGCUGCCAAGUUCAACAUCCCCUUCAACAUCCCCGUCAGCGCCGAUGCUGCCAAGCAGAUUCCUUCCAUCGCCUACUCCGUACCCGAUCUGGAUGCCAGCGUUAGGGUGCGUAUCAACCUUACUAGCACUGGAGAGAGUAUUGCCUGCGUCCAGGCCGACAUCUCCAACGGCAAGACGGUCAACUUGACCGGUGUCAAGUGGGCUACUGCCAUUAUUGCUGGUAUCGCCUUGGUUUCUUCUGCCGUCUUCAAUGGCCUCGGUCACUCCAACACAGCCGCUCACGUUGCCGCGCUGUCGCUGUCCCUGUUUGGUUAUUUCCAAUCCCAAGCUAUGAUUGGCUUGACCGGCGUCGGUCUACCACCCAUUGUCCAGGCCUGGACUCAAAACUUCCAGUGGUCCAUGGGCAUCAUCCACGUCAACUUCAUGCAAACCAUCUUCACCUGGUAUCAGCGAGCCACCGGCGGCACACCUGCUACCCUUUUCAGCUCCCUGGGCUCUGUUUCCGUCGCCGUUGAGAAGCGUGGUCUGGAUGCCGGCCUCGAAAUGAGCAAAGCCGUCAUCAAACGCGGUCUUGCCAUGAUGCCAACGGCCGCCGCCAACGUCCUGAAGCGAAGUGGAAACAUUCUGUCUCCAUCCGGAGGCUACGUUGUCUACGGAAUCCAGCGUGUGGCUUUCCAGGCCAAGAUUGAAACCACCAAUCUCUUCAUUACGGGCCUGACCUUUUUCUGGCUUUUUGCCAUCUUCACCAUGCUCGGCGUAACCCUGUUCAAGGGCAUCUGCGAACUCCUCGUCAAGCAGGGCAUUAUGAAGGCGGACAGGUUUCUCGAGUUCCGUAAUGGCUGGCGCACCGUCCUCAAGGGCAUUCUGUACCGUAUCGCCCUCAUUGGUCUCCCCCAGCUUUCCAUUCUGUGCUUCUGGGAGUUUACGCAGGUUGAUUCCGCCGCCGAGGUUGUGCUUGCCGUCUUCUAUUUCUUUUGUCCACUCAUUGCCCUCUGCUGGGGUGCUAGCAAGGUGAUUCAAAUCGCGCGUCGGUCUAUCAACAUGCAUGGAAACCCGGCCUACAUCCUCUUCUCCGACCCCCAGGCUCUCAACAAAUGGGGUUUCCUCUAUGUGCAAUUCCGUGCCUCUGCCUACUACUUCAUCGGGCCCAUCUUGCUCUACACCCUCAUCAAGGCCAUGUUUGUGGCAUUUGCGCAAAAGACAAACGUUGCUCAGGCUAUUGGCUUCAUUAUCCUCGAGGUUGGCAUGCUCAUUGCCACGUCAGUUCUGCGCCCGUGGAUGGACAAGAAGACUAACUCGUUCAACAUUGCCAUUUACGUUAUUAACUUCUUAAACUCCAUCUUCCUGCUCAUCUUCACCAACGUUUUCGGUGCCCCCCUGCUGGCUAUCGGUGUUGUUGGCGUUGUCCUGUUUGUUCUCAACGCCAUCUUCUCACUUGUUCUCCUGCUCAUGGUCAUCGCCUCAACCGUCUAUUCCAUCGUCCGCAAGAACCCCGAUGCCCGAUACCAGUUCAUGGCAGAUGACCGAGCAUCCUUUAUGAAGUCGCAGACGCAGCUAAACAACGGCGCCGCCACCGAACUGGACGCAUUGGCAGUCACUGCCAGAGGCGACAAGGCCGGCUAUAAGCUCGAUGACGAGGAGGCAUCCGUUACAUCCAACGAGAUCCGUCACCCGACGGACACGACAGCCAUGACUUAUGCUCCCCAGUCCAUGACGGCCCAGGCUCCGUUCUACCAGCCGGCUCGUUCAGUAUCCCCAGUCAACCCAUCCGUGCCACUCUUCCCGGCCAACGACCAACAGUCUCACUCAUCGUUGGGUCACAGCCACUCACCGUCGCCAAUCGGACGUGUUCCCUCGUAUGGCAGCAACACGAGCCCUGGCGGCUACAGAUCACAAAACAACGCAAGCCCCUGGCAGCGUGGUGCUGGUUACGACUAG